AGAAAUCAUAAUAUCAUUAGAUUUUUGAAAAGAUUAUUGACCUUUAAUCUAAAGUAAAUCUCUGAUAUUUUAAGACCAGUAUUGCCAGCAAAUGCCGGUUUAACUCAAUUUUCUUUUAUCCUUUCGAAGAUAAAAAAGAAAAUAAAGCUAUUUAACAUUUAUUUCUCCACUUUAAUCCUUAUCAUGAAACUUUUAUUAAAACGUAAACAUUUUGACAGAUCAAGGAAAGCAAAGUUCAUUCUAUUUUUAAACUAGAAUCGAAUUUCAAUAAUAAAAAAGACAAGUGCUUUCUAUAAGACGUUUUAGUGGCAACCAACGAAACCAAAACAAGGAUGGCUGAACAAAAUGUUUUGAAAUAUAGUAUUUAUCAAUGUUCCAGUCAUUCUGCUUCUUUUGUACCUGAGAAUGUGUUAACAGAUAAUCCGAAUGAUGGAACAUCUCGAUGGUCUUCCGAAUCCAACAAUCCACCUCAAUUUUUAACUUUGAAACUGUAUAGUCCAUCUGUCGUUCAGACAAUAAGUUUUGGAAAAUACGAGAAGAGUCAUGUGUGCAAUAUGAAAAAGUUUAAAGUUUAUGGUGGUCUUUCUGAUGAUAGCAUGAUUGAAUUACUUGAUGGUGGUUUGAAAAAUAAUAACCAAUCAGAGAGUUUUAAUCUGAAACAUACUGCUGGGGGUAAUAUGUUUGCAUGUAGAUUUAUUAAAAUUGUUCCCAUUCAGUCAUGGGGUCCGAGCUUUAAUUUCAGUAUUUGGCAUGUUCAACUCAGAGGUAUUGAUGAUUGGAGUAUUGUGAGAUCAUGUGUUAGUUGGUUUAAUUAUUACCGAGAAAAGGAAACUAUUCGUCUGUGUCUGAAACAUUUUCGGCAGCAUAAUUACUCAGAAGCUUUUGAAUCCCUACAAAAAAGAACACGUGUCCAGUUGGAAGAUGCUUUAUUAAGUAAAUUGCACCAAUGUUUGGUAGUUGAAGGUGAUUAUGUUGCUGCUGAACAGUUGCUUGUUAAAGCUGCUAAUGAUGGUUGUUUGGAUCACUAUCUAGAGCAGCAAACUCACAAAGCAAAGUGGGUCCCUUUAAUUGUUCCUCCUAAAUGUUCUGAAAGUGAACACCACAGACCUGGUAUGAGAGGAGGGCAUCAAAUGUGCAUUGACGUUCAUACAGAAAAUAUUUACCUUUUUGGUGGAUGGGAUGGUACGACGGAUCUUUCUGAUUUAUGGUGUUACCACAUUCCAUCUGGAUCUUGGACAUGCUUAUCUAGUGAUACCACUGCUGAGGGUGGACCUACUCCACGCUCAUGUCACAAAAUGUGCCUUGAUCCCGAAAGGAAAAAGAUUUUCACCAUUGGACGGUAUCUUGAUUCUGGCAUGAGAAUUCCUAAGUAUAUGAAAAGUGAUUUUUAUGUGUAUGACAUCGAUUCCAACCAAUGGACCAUGAUAACAGAUGAUACUGCUGCCAUGGGAGGUCCUAGUCUUGUUUUUGAUCAUCAGAUUUGCAUGGAUGUGGAAAAGAACACCAUCUAUGUGUUUGGUGGAAGGAUUCUAACUAGUGUUAAUUCAAUACCUGGAGAAGAAAAUGUCUGUUCUGAUCCUUGCUUUAGUGGCCUUUAUUCCUAUCAUGUUCCUACCAAUACUUGGACCAAACUCCGAGAAGAUUACCCAAACCCUGAUUUACAUGAUUUGGAAAUCAAGUCCAGAAUUGGACACUCAAUGCUGUUUCAUGAAAAAAAACGCCUGCUUUAUAUAUUUGCGGGGCAAAGAUCAAAAGAGUAUUUAAGUGAUUUUUUUACCUACAAUGUAGACACUGAUAAGAUAGAAAUCAUUUGUGAUGGAAAAGAUGUUGAAGUUCCCCCAGCUGGAUUUACACAAAGAGCAACUAUUGAUCCAGAUCUUAAUGAAAUUCAUGUUUUAUCUGGCUCUAAUAAAGACAAGCGAGAGGAAUAUGUCAAGAAUUCUUUUUGGGUAUAUGACAUUAGCCUGAAUAAAUGGUCUUGUAUCUACCAAAGUGAGAUCAAAACAAAAGAAGGUUCUGAACAAAUAGAUCCACCUUUGGAACCUUGCCCUCGUUUUGCACAUCAACUUGUCUAUGAUCACAUUCGUAAAGUCCACUACCUGUUUGGAGGAAAUCCUGGAAAGUCUCAUUCUCCCAAAAUGAGAUUAGAUGAUUUCUGGUCCCUGCAUCUUUAUCGUCCCACAAAAGACAUGUUAGUACGUCAGUGUCGCCGUAUUAUUCGCCAACAUAAAUUCCAAGAAAUAGCUGAUAAAGACCCUGUUGCUGCCCUACACUAUCUACAGACAGAACUAGCUAAUACUGUAGAUCAUAGCAAUCAUCAAGAAACUAAAGAGUUUCAGCUUCUUGCUUUCAACUUAUUUUCUGAAAAGGAGAAAGAAGUUAAAGAUGAAUUAAGUGUUGAUGAAACUUUCAAACGCCGAAGUCAGCUAUUUGAUCAACUCACUGAGUUCUUCCCUGAUGAUAUGACACAGCCAAAGAACAAUCUCAUUGACUUGAUAUCCUUGUAAGUGUGGGUACUGUGCCAAUACUGUAAAUUUCCUGUACAUUGUAGUAUACAGCAGAUAUGUGCCUUCUAUUUUUGGAGAUAAUAGGUGUCCUUUGGGGCAAACCUACCAAAUAAAAGCUAUACAUUUGCGUCUUUA